AUGGUUGGCUUAGGUCCAAAACGCAAGCCGUCCCGCAAGGGUUCUAUGGUCGAUGUGCCAAAGAGCUUGCUGAACGAAAUUGCCAACCUCGAGGAACUGUUUACGGUAGACGCUGCAAAACUUAAGCAGAUCACCAAUCAUUUCGUCAAAGAGCUGGAAGCGGGCUUGGAGAAAGAUGGAGCCAACAUUCCCAUGAACCCUACCUGGGUCAUGGGCUUCCCAGAUGGUGAUGAGCAGGGAACUUUCCUCGCCCUGGAUAUGGGCGGUACCAAUCUGCGAGUGUGCGAAAUUACGCUCACCGAAGAGAAGGGCGAGUUCGAUAUCAUCCAGAGUAAAUACCGGAUGCCCGAGGAGCUCAAGACAGGGACCGCAGAGGAGCUGUGGGAGUACAUUGCAGAUUGCAUGCAACAAUUCAUUGAAUACCAUCACGACGACGAAGAUUUGAUCGAUCUUCCGCUCGGUUUUACCUUCUCCUACCCGGCGACCCAAGAAUACAUCGAUCACGGUGUUCUCCAAAGAUGGACAAAGGGAUUUGAUAUCUCGGGCGUCGAGGGAAAGGAUGUUGUUCCACAAUUCCAAGCUGCACUGGAGGCAAGGAAUCUGCCCAUCAAACUCGCUGCCCUCAUCAAUGACACCACCGGCACCCUGAUUGCAUCGUCGUAUACCGAUCAAUCUAUGAGAAUUGGUUGCAUCUUCGGGACUGGUUGCAACGCGGCCUAUAUGGAGAACUGUGGCUCCAUACCAAAACUGAAACACCUCAAUCUCCCCCCUGACAUGCCCAUGGCCAUCAACUGUGAAUACGGCGCCUUUGACAACGAUCACAAGGUCUUGCCGAUCACCAAGUACGACACAAUAAUUGACGAGACCUCACCCAGACCAGGUCAGCAAGCAUUUGAAAAGAUGAUCGCCGGGUUGUAUUUGGGUGAAAUUUUCCGUCUGGUGAUUGUCGACCUUCAUGAGAACAAGAAUUUGUUGUUUGAAGGCCAGGACAUUUCCAAACUCAAGAAACCGUACACCCUUGAUGCGUCAUUCCUGUCAUUCAUUGAAGAAGAUCCGUUUGAAAACUUGCAGGAAACCCACGACAUGUUCGAAGAAAGACUCGGCAUCUCCGCAACCAAGCCGGAGCUUGAACUGUGUCGUCGAUUGGCAGAACUGAUCGGAACUCGUGCUGCCCGUCUUUCAGCCUGCGGUGUGGCUGCCAUCUGCAAGAAGAAAGACAUCCAGAGCUGCCAUGUGGGCGCGGAUGGGUCAGUUUUUAACAAAUACCCCCAUUUCAAGGCUCGUGGAGCACUGGCACUUCGUGAGAUUCUCGACUGGCCCAAGGGUAAGAAGGAUCCGGUCGUUCUGCUCAGUGCCGAGGAUGGUAGUGGUGUGGGCGCAGCCUUGAUUGCUGCCCUGACCAUCAAGAGAAUUAAGGAAGGCAACACGUACGGAGUGAGGGAUGUGAAGAAAUUCGAAAAGAUUUCGUCGGGCCGAUAA